AUGCUGGACCUGGAAACGGCGGCGGUGGCCAUUUCCUGGGAGGCACAGACUGAGCUUCUUCGCGGUUGCCAGACUAUUACCUCAGGUAUAGCAGUGCGAGGACGGGUUCUCAUUACUGAGGUUGGUUCAAUGCGAAAAGGGCAUCGAAAGAUGCUCGUAGAAGAUGCCGGGGACCUCGGACAUACGACCAUGCCAGCUCUCAAGUCAUUGGUCCUUGCGAGAGCCAUGCGGUGCAAUGAUCUGGAUACAGAACGAAUACUGCUCAAGACCUCUAUCCCGCUUGAGUAUGACACAACCGAAGAGUCAUCGCCAAAAUACUCAUGGGCUAUAGCUUCGAAGCACUGA